AUGUUUAUAACCAGAAGUUUUUCAGUAUUACAUUCCACUUUUCUAAAGAAGAAUUUUAAUCAUUUUAACCAAUUGGUAAAAUAUUCAUCGGUGAUAAAGGAACGUGAACUGAAACGUCGGCUCAAAGCCGAACAAAAAUUAAAAGAAAAAGCGGAAAAAGUAGCUCAACAACCAGUAGCUGCUGCGGAAAAAAAAUCCUCAAAAGCUGAGGAAGAAAUCAGUCCCAAUGAAUAUUACAAAUUGCGUUCUGGUGCGAUCGCCGCUUUGAAAAAUGGAUCCAAAUCAGAUCAUCCAUACCCGCAUAAAUUCAAUGUCACGUCUUCCUUAGAAGAUUUUAUUAAUAAAUAUAAUGACCUAAGCAGUGGAGAAGUACUUGAAAAUGUUAAUUUGUCAGUGGCCGGUAGAAUUCACUCUAUACGAGAAUCUGGAGCUAAGCUAAUAUUUUAUGAUGUUAGAGGCGAAGGAGUCAAGAUUCAGGUCAUGGCGAAUGCAAAAAUGUAUGAAUCAGAAGAGAAGUUUGUCACAGAUACAGAUAAACUAAGGAGAGGUGAUAUAAUUGGUAUUGUUGGACAUCCAGGCAAAACAAAGAAAGGGGAAUUAUCAGUUAUUCCCAAGACUAUCAAACUGCUUUCCCCUUGCUUGCAUAUGUUACCUCACUUACAUUUCGGUCUUAAAGAUAAAGAGACCAGGUUCAGGAAACGAUACUUAGACCUUAUUCUCAACGACAAGGUUCGACAAACAUUUUAUACAAGAGCUAAGAUAAUUUCAUACAUUAGAAGAUUUUUAGAUAAUAUGGGAUUCCUGGAAAUUGAGACUCCAAUGAUGAAUAUGAUACCCGGGGGUGCUGUGGCCAAACCUUUCAUAACACAUCACAAUGAACUCGACAUGGACUUAUAUAUGAGGAUAGCGCCAGAGUUAUACCACAAAAUGUUAGUCGUCGGAGGCUUAGAUCGUGUGUAUGAAAUCGGCAGACAAUUCAGGAAUGAAGGAAUUGAUAUGACACACAACCCUGAAUUUACGACUUGUGAAUUUUAUAUGGCCUAUGCCGAUUAUAAUGAUCUGAUCACUAUAACAGAAACUAUGUUGUCGGGCAUGGUGAAAAGUAUUCAUGGCACUUACAAAGUUAAAUAUCACCCUGAUGGUCCGGAUGGCGAAGAAGUGGAAAUUGAUUUUACACCACCAUUUGCCCGAGUGCCGAUGAUUGCUACUUUGGAGAAAGUUUUGAAUGUCAAACUUCCACCAGCCGAUCAACUCAACACCCCAGAAGCUAAUGAGCUACUUAGCAAACUGUGUGAAAAACAUGAAGUUGAAUGCCCACCACCUAGAACAACAGCAAGACUGCUGGAUAAACUCGUCGGAGAAUUUCUUGAAGAGAAAUGUAUUAACCCAACAUUCAUCUUAGACCAUCCACAAAUAAUGAGCCCCCUGUCCAAAUAUCAUCGUGAGUUACCUGGACUUACAGAACGUUUUGAACUAUUUGUAAUGAAGAAAGAAGUUUGCAAUGCCUACACCGAGUUAAAUGAUCCGGCUACUCAGAGGGAGAGAUUUGAACAACAGGCUAAAGAUCGUGCAGCGGGAGAUGAUGAAUCUCCACCCACCGAUGAAGCAUUCUGUACUGCACUUGAAUAUGGAUUACCACCAACAGCCGGUUGGGGUCUCGGAGUCGAUCGGUUUACCAUGUUCUUGACGGAUUCCAAUAAUAUUAAGGAAGUGCUGCUAUUCCCUGCCAUGAAACCAGAUGAUCCAAAUAAACAUCACAAUGAGGAAGAAGGUGCAUCAAAUGCACCUGCAAAUCAAAAUGGUGCUUAA